GAUGUUUAGCAUCCCAAAGCGGCUCCCCACCCUGGCCCCAGCCUGGGAACUGGGAGCUGUGGGCAGGAGAGGAAGGAAAGCAGCUCUCUCAGCUAGCAAGGGGGUCAGGGACUGGGCCAAGCUCAGAAGAGGGGAGAAGAGCGAGACAGAUACGCUCUGAGUAGGGGAGACAGGGAUCCCGGGCUGUUGCGACUACCAACAAGGGCACACACUGCGGUCCUCAAGGCCAGGAGGCGGAUGGGGGCAGGGAAUGCCUCAGCCAACAGGGCAGCGGCUCGGCCCUGCUGCUGGCCCGGUGGGAAGUAGCCUGGGGCCCAGCGAAUGAAAUCCGAGUCUGGCCCGGGCAGUCUCCGCUAGAAACGCUCUGGGCGCGCACUCCUGGAGACACGGAUGCCCCGGGCGCUCCAGACCAGUGUCCUUGUAGGAGGCUUCUUCCCGAAGCUUAGAGUUUGGCCUUUCAUAGGGAAAGACUUGCUCGUGAGCCUUCUAAGGAAUUUUAAAUCUUCCUGGGCCAGGGCUGGGAGCGAGCUCUAGUGACAGUGUCUUGGUCUGGCAUCCAACUCUCCAAUUUUGAGGCCGCAGGGAGGAAUUCUCAGACUUUAGAGGCCGCACAGCCUUCAGCGCGCUCACCGCGUCCAGGCGUCAGUGAGGGGCUAUCUCGAGGCGCGAGUGCACAAAAGGUAGCGCGAAUCUCUUCUCAGGCGAUCCAGAUAAGAGGAAAUGAGAGCGGGGUUUUCUGACUUCCAGCUCAUUAGGGACCAGGUUCUUUUUAUUCAGGAUCAGGCACAGAGACUGACUGAAUGGCUCCAAUUAUCAGGAUUUGAAAACCCAGUAUCAGAAUCUACCACUUUGUGCCCAAGGGAGAGGGAAAAGUGGAUACCCACCUGUGUUGCCGUUUGUGUGCCAAGUCCAGGAACAGUCCAUACAGCCCUGCGGCAUCCCACGACGCUGUCACAAAGAAGUUCACCCGAGGCCGAGAUGUUAAUUAUUCAUACUGCAUGACUGAGGAUUUUGGAGGCAGAGAGAGAUUCAUCUGCAAUAUUUGGAACACCAGUGGAGGUCUACAUCAACACAGAAUUUAUACAGCAGCUGGUGCUAGUCAGAGCUAAUGAUAGAAUUUCAGUUUAAUAAAAAGACCCCCAACUGAGCAUACCAUCUUGAAAAAAGUAUACUUAUCAAACAGCUUUCAAUCAGUUCAAGAGAGACACCUUAAUUGGGAAGAGGAAGAAUUGCAGAGUAGUUUGUAAUCAUGCCAAUUCCAGAUCAAUAACUGCAUGUCUGUUCUUUGGUAGGCAUAGCUUUUGCUUUAUAUUAAGUAAUCACUUAUAUAUUCUCUCUAUUUGGAUAAGGAAACCUUUCCUUUAUUUGACAAUGUAUAAUGAUAUACUCUUUUAAUUCACCUCUGUGUCUUUGUAAUAAACAUGUGAAAAAUUUAGACAUGUGAUGGUAAAGGUCAAUAUAAUUAUUUGUUUUUAAAAUAAAUUUUGUAUCUAACAGGAAAACGAUGCUUAUGAAAUUUUUAUAUUUUCAAAAAUUGUUUUGUUGAAACAAAAUGUUAUGAGUAAAGUUAAA